CAUGCGCAUUGAAAGCUAAAUUAAUGGCGAACAUGUUUACAAAUUUGAAACUUCCAACAUAAAAUCAAAGCAAUGUAAUUUCCCUGUAAAGAUUGAAGAUUUCGUACGGUUAUUUUAAGUAUUUGUACAGAAUUGAUGAAACGAUCGUAAUUAAAAAGUUGAUACAGGUUAACGAGCAACCAUGCAGUACUAUGACAGUAAAUCUCAGCUGGAUGGGAGUGAAGUUGACUCCCAGUCGGCAUUUGAGAUGCACCAAUGGCCGUCCCACUAUACAUCGCAGGCCAGUAUGGCGAGUAUCACCCCCAGUUACAAGAGUUAUCUUUCCACGUACACACCAUCACAGGCGUCGUUCUUUGUGCUUCCUGUAACAGCAGAAGCGCCCAAUGAGAUGCAGCGGGCGCAAGAUAACUGGGGCUUCGCUUUCUGCUCCCUCUUCUGUAACCCAAUAUUUGGUAUCGCUGCAAUUCUUCUUGCUGAGAUGUCACGGGAUUUCUUCAAGAAGAAAAACUACAUUCAGGCAUCAAAAUACGGGUCCUACGCAAAGGGUACAGCAUUGGGCGGAAUUAUUGUCACCAUCGUCGUUUUAGUGCUGAUUAUAGCGCAAGUUUUACAUUAUAGACUCAAAUUUAACUACUAGCAGACAGUACAGGCAGAUUGUACUGCUAGUCUUUGGAAACUGUUGUUUAACAAGGCAAGAAAAUACUGUACAGUUUAAUACUGUGUGCAGACACUUCAAGCGAAUUACAGUUACAUAAUGUAAAAUCAUUUAAUUUCAUCGGCAUGAAAUUUCGUGGUUUUGGUCAAAACGGCAACUUCGUGGGGAUAUGAAUUCGUGGAUUUCAGCUUUUGAACAUAAAAUUAAUGGGAAUUUUACUUCGUUGGUAUUAAAUUUUGUGGAUUGACUCGAGCACGAAAUCCAUGAAAAUUAGUUCCCCACAAAUAAUGAUUUCACAGUAGUCUUUAGUUAUAUUUUCUGUGAUGCUGAAAUUCACUAUAAUUACCAGUGCACAUACUAGUUUUAUAUAAAAUAAUAUACUGAUGAAUCUUGUAAAAAGAAGUCUUUGGUUUUAUUCAGUAAAAGUAACAUUCUGCCAAAGAAAAAUGUUCUCUUAGGAUUUUUGUUUUUAAAGCUCCAUAUUUAGAGAUGUUUAACUGUAGUAUCAUAUGUUUUGAGUAACUGCUGAAAUUUUUUUUUUUUUUUAUCAACUAAAUGAGACAAAAAGGGGGAAAGAAAAAUAUGAAUUAUGGAUAUCUGCCACUAUACCAUAAAUAGUUUAAUAGAAAAGUUUUGAUCCAGUAUGUUUGUUGAAAUUAAAUGACAAUUAUGCCCCGUCUAUGUCUGUCAACCUGACCACCUCUGAUAGUAUUUUCAGUGUACGGUACUUUCUUGUUUUUGUGCCAUUUGUACAUAUAAAUCAUUACAAAUUUUAAUCUUGUAUCAUAAUUAUGGCUGUUUUACAAACAGAAUGAAAGUGUUCAUAUGUGAUUUUAUGAUUGUGUGUACAUUUAUUUUUAUAUAUGUGUAAUGUUAUUAGAUAACAAAUUGAUUAUUGUGUCGGACAUCCUGAAAUCAUGACACUAUAGAAGUAAUUCAGCUCAGACAAAUUGCUUAACCUAUAUGUGUUAAUUGAUUUAAUGAAGUGCUAAAUCGAAGUUGACAUUCCAUUUUGAACUUUAGACAGCAUUAUGUUAUGUCUAGUUUUUAACUGUAUUUAAAAUUGCAUUUUAACAGUCAUUUUAGGAUUGGCUUUCUUCUGAGAAGCUGCACCUUGGCUUGUUUCCUUAUUUGAUAACAUUUCAUUUUAUUUAAACUUCGUCACUCAUGAGAAUACUAUUUUGAAGCUCACUCGAUGAAAUAAAAUUUCAUCUUACACAAAAACAAACAAAUAUUCUCUCUGUAAUUAGUCAGUGAAAAGAAUUAUUCUCUCAGAAUGGGUUUAUUUUUGUUGCUUCACAGACUUCUUUGUCAAGCUUGCAAUUUUCAGCUGUUUGAAUUGGUAUUUAAGGGCUCUGAAUGUUGAAACAGACUUUUAAUAGUAUUGCUCAUUUCAGUUUGUAAAUGUAGACCUUGUAGAUGGUUAGAAACUUUUCACUACAGCUCAAGGAAACUGGCAGGGAAAACAUUUUUUUGUCUACUUUAUCUCAACAAGUGCAAUUUAAAUGAGAAAAUUUUUAAACUCAUAUAAAUGGAUGAGCAUUCGGCUAAAAGAGGAUUUUGAACUCUUUUUGUAAAAAUCAACCCAGUUUCAGCUGUGUAAAGCUUUUUUUUUCAUGUCAGUAGUUUAUGUAUUGUUUAUUAGCUCAUCUGUUUUUUUGAAAAAAAAUGAUGAGUUAUUGUCAUCACUUGAGCGGUUGUCGGCAUCGGCGUCGGCUGGUUAAGUUUUAUGUUUAGGUCAGCUUUUCUCCUAAACUAUCAAAGCUAUUGCUUUGAAACUUGGAAUACUUGUUCACCAUCAUAAGCUGACCCUGUAUAGCAAGAAACAUAACUCCAUCUUGCUUUUUGCAAGAUUUAUGGCCCCUUUUGUACUUAGAAAAUAUCAGAUUUCUUGGUUAAGUUUUAUGUUUAGGUCAACUUUUCUCCUAAACUAUCAAAGCUAUUGCUUUGAAACUUGGAAUACUUGUUUACCAUCAUAAGCAGACCAUGUACAUCAAGAAACAUAACUCCAUCUUGCUUUUUGCAAGAAUUAUUGCCCCUUUUGGACUUAGAAAAUCAGUUUUCUUGGUUAAGUUUUAUGUUUAGGUCAGCUUUUAUCCUAAACUAUCAAAGCUUUUGCUUUAAAACUUGCAACACUUGUUCACCAUCAUAAGCUGACCCUGUACAUCAAGAAACAUAACUCCAUUCUGCUUUUUGCAAGAUUUAUGGCCCCUUUUGGACUUAGAAAAUAUCAGAUUUCUUGGUUAAGUUUUAUGUUUAGGUGAACUUUUUCACUUAAACUAUCAAAGCUAUUGCUUUGAAACUUGCAACACUUGUUCACUAUCAUAAGCUGACCCUGUACAGCAAGCAACAUAACUCCAUCCUGCUUUUUGCAAUAUUUAUUGCCCCUUUUGGACUUAGAAAAUCAUUUUCUUGGUUGAGUAUUAUGUUUAAGUAUACUUUUCUCAUAAACUAUCAAAGCUAUUGCUUUAAAACUUGCAACAGUUUUUCACCAUCAUUAGUGGACACUGUACAUCAAGAAACAUAACUCUAUCCUGCUUUUUGCAAGAAUGAUGGCCCUUUUUAGACUUAGAAAAUCAUGGGUAGGACAAUAUUUCUAUUAUACAAAAAAAAUCAGAUGAGCGUCAGCACCCGCAAGGCGGUGCUCUUGUUUUUUUAUUAGUUGCUAUGCAGUAGCAAUGGUAACUCUCCAAACUUAUAAACUCAGUGGUGGGGAAUUAAGGAACUGUCUGAAUUAUUUUAAUAACGCUAGUAAGCUGGGGUCAGAGGUUAGCAGGUUUGACUUCAGUGCUAGCAACCAAAGACGAGCUAGUUUGGUUUGUAUAUCUGGACCAGUGUUCAGUUCUGGGUGGUAUACUUAAACUGGUACUGUUUCCACCAGUAUCGGCCUAGACUGGAUGCUGCCAGGGGAGGUAAAUUUAUGACACCUGUUGUGGUCUCGACUUGAAACAGGUUGUUGCUUCUAUUCAAGGUGUUAACUUGUAUCUACGCCCACAUUGAAUGAGAAACUUUAACUGGUAGCAUUUUUUCUUGAAAAGCUAUACUUAUUAUGUGUUUUGUAUAUUUUCAACCAUUCUUUAAAAAUACAGUUUUAACUGUGUUUUUGAUAUAGUGGAACCUAGAUAACAAUUUACUUUGAGUCUUUAGGAUAAAUGAUUAUGUUGUUGUUCAGCAAAUAUAAAGUGAAAGCUCCUUUCCAUUUCAUCCUGCAAUCUACAAGCUUGAGUCUAGGAUUUCAAAGAAUUGUACAUGUUGUAAUUUGAAACUUUUACUAGAUCAGUGCUAACAAUUAUACACUUGAAUAGUACAGAUACUAAAUUAUGACUUUUAGGUGAAAGAAUCUGCACUGAAUGCAGUAAUAUGAAUUUUUUUACAGACAACCAUUUUUUAAAGGGCACAAAAGAUGAAUUAAGUUCACGGUAUCAUUAUUAUUAUUUCAAUAAGGGCACAAGAAUUGCCUCUCGGAUUUUGUGCAUUUUCUUUGUUGUUUCUUUCAUUAUUCAUUUGGAGAGUGUCUACAUUUGUUGUUAAAACACUUUCGUGGGCACAGAUUUUUCGUCGUUUUGGCAAAGUGCCUUAUUUCAUUGGACAUAAAUGUAUGGAUUUUGGCACUUGAAGAUAAAAUGAAAUGGAAAUUUUCAUGUUUAUUUGGAUUUAAUUUCAUGGAUAGACUGGACCACAAAAUCCACGAAAAUUAAGGCACCACGAAUAUCAGCCAUGACCUAUGUCACAGUGUAUAGAAUAAUCAAUAUCGAAACCAAUAUUAACAAGUGUAAUCAAGAAGUCAGAUACAUGUAUAAGCAGUCUUGCAGGAGAUUUGUUUAAAUAACUUCUUAAAAAUGUAUUACUGAAUUUCCUUUUUACAUGUAUUUGGAUAUUUUUACUGACAAUUUUAUUUUGUAGACAUCAACAUUUUCAUUCAUUCAAUCAGUUGUGUAAUUUGUUCACACCUGAUGUAAAGUGUAUAAUCUUUGGCCUGCUCUCAUUUUUUGCCAGGAAUUAAGACAAAACAUUUCAUUCACAAAAGCCUAAUAACUAAGCUGGAUAUUCAAGAUUACAAAACAAAAUGUAAGCUAAAUGAAAUCUUCCACAGCUUUAAUGUGUAUUUUAUCACAGUGUGCUGCUGUUAUUUUAUUUCUAAUCUGGUUUCUCUUAUAAUACCUGGAGACCAACAUAAAUAAAAUAAAAAAUAAAGUUUGUUCGAAGUACUUUGGCAAAGGGAGGCAGCUGUCACUAUGUAGUCUUCAGAAAUAAUUACAGGUCAGUUUGGUCCAUCCUUGUGGCUAUGUCCCAGGCUACCCAACUGGUAGAAAGUUAGACAGUCAUGCAUAUGUUUAAGAUUUAAGAAAACUAUAGGGGGUAAUGGUUUGCAUAAACAUUUCAUUUAGAAAUGAAAUAUCUUUACUCCUUGUAUUCACAUUUUAAAGAAAACUUCUUUUUUUAAAAACUUACUCAAGAGAGACAAUCGGUAAAGAACAACUGAUUUGUUGAAAUCAACAUUACUGGGCAUUAGUACACUAAAUUUCUUUCCAGUCUAAUUUUUUUUCUUGUAUAUAUUUGUACAUUAUGAAUUACAUAUCAGAGGACUUACUCAUUACAUAUGACAUGCAAUCAAUGAUGCCUGUACAUAUGGCAUAUUCGAUGACUUUCUCAUUGUCUUCACAAAUCCAGCUGAGUAUAUACAUAUUUGUUAUGACUUAAGACACCAAAUAUUUGCUGAUGUUAGACAAGUUUGAAGCAUCUUAUUAAAUCUUUCUUUAGUAGUGUAGCCUUUCACCAAACAAUUAUAAUUAGAAACUAAAUAUUUAGUUAAGAGUAACGGUGACAUUGUAAACAUUAGUCAGUGAUUUUGUAUUCUAUUCAGAUUUAUGUGUAUUAUACACUGGUAGCAUUUUUUGUGUAGUCAUUCCAUUUUGUAUAUGUCAUACAUCGUUAGAAACGUUCUUGUACAAAUUAAAGGACUACGGUAUUUUUACACAUUUUUAUACAAACUAAAUACAUAUCAACUAUUAUAAAUCAUUCCUUGUAAAAUAAAAAUAUAAAGAAUUCAAA